CUUGUUGUACAGGAAGUCUUAAGGCUUUAACUCUGACUGUGUCUUUAACGGUCUGUCAUUAGUAGAUCAGUAUGGAGCUCAGUCCACUUCCUCUUGUGCUCUUGCUGAUUUCAAACAUCCAUUCUGGACACACUGAAGAAAUUCCCAAACCAACUCAGACUGUGAAGCCACAGAGUUCAGUGUUCACUGGAGACACAAUUACUCUGAACUGUGAGGUGGAUCAGUCAACAGAAUGGGAGUUUCUAUGGAGAAAAGAUUCAGACUUUGAAUCAUUUGAAGCUACAGGAAAUAAAACAAUCAGUUCUGUGAAAGUCUCUGAUGGAGGACAGUAUGAGUGCAGAGCACGAAGAAGAGAAAACAUACAUGUUCUCACAGAUUACAGUGAACCAUUAACAGUGACAGUAGAGGAAAGACCAAAAGCCAAAGUGAUCGUACAGCCUCAUGAACGUGUGCUCGUUGGAGAGACAGUCACUCUCAGAUGUGACAUACAGGAGGGAGGAGACACAAGCUGGCAGUACAGCUGGUAUAAAGAUGAUUCAGUCAUUGAAUAUAAACUACAGGAAUACACAAUCAAUUCUGUUACUGAGUCUAAUGCAGGUAAAUACAGAUGUAAUAGAAAAGAGAUUGGAGGAUCACGAUACUCACACAGCAGUGAUGAAGUUACACUAAGAGUAUUGGGAUUGAAGCCAAAACCUGAACUCAAAUCAAAUCCUGAAGGAGCUGCACUGACAGGAAACACAGUGACUCUGACCUGUCACAUGGAUCAGUCGACUGGAUGGCAGUUUUACUGGUACCAACACACACAGAAACAUCAGAAAAACACAACAGACAAAAACUCCUACACAGUGAACAUUGAUUCAGUGUCUGAUGGAGGUCAGUACUGGUGUAGAGCUGGAAGAGGAAAUCCAGUUUACUACACACACUACAGUGAUGCACUGUGGGUAAAUGUUACAGACCAACCUAAAACUAUUUUGACUGUAAAGCCUGAAAAUCAGCUGUUCAGUGGAGAAACUGUCACUCUCAGAUGUGACAUACAGGGUGGAGGAGACACUGAGUGGACAUACAGCUGGACUGUAGAGAAUACCAACUACAUGAAUAAAUACAUUGUCAGUGAAUACAAGAAACAAGAGUAUAAAAUCAGCAGUGUUGAACACACACACAGUGGUAAAUACACCUGUAGAGGAAAGACAAGAGAUGGACAAAACUCAGAGAUCAGUGAUGCUGUUACACUGACUGUGUCAUCAGAUAAAGCCCAAGCAGUGUUAAGUGUUUCUCCACAGAAGUGGCUGACAGAAGGAGACUCAGUGACUCUGAUCUGUGAGGUUUACGGCUCCUCUACAGGAUGGACUUUCAGCUGGAACAGAGAUGAUAAUGAGUUCAAUUAUAAACACCUGUCAGACAGCAGCAGAGGAGCUGGAGGAAACUACACUGUCAGUUCUGCUGCUGUAAAUCACACAGGAGUUUAUGCGUGCAGAGGAGAGAGAGGAGAACAAGUGUAUUACACAGAGGACAGCAACACACAGCCACUAUGGGUCACUGGUGUCUCUCCUUCAGUUUCUCUGAUCAUCAGUCCCAACAGAACUCAACACUUCACAUCUGACUCUCUCUCUCUGAGCUGUGAGGAUCAGAGUAACUCUGCUGGAUGGUCAGUGAGAAGAUACACAGACAGAUGGGGGCUGCAAGAUUGUUCAUCAUCAUACUGGGGAUCACAAACAGGAUCUAAAUGUAGAAUCAGUCCCGUCUACACAUCACACACUGGAGUGUACUGGUGUUACUCUGAAUCUGGAGACAACAGUAAUGCUGUUAAUAUCACAGUACACAAUGGUGAUGUGAUUCUGGAGAGUCCUGUUCAUCCUGUGACUGAAGGAGAUUCUCUGACUCUACGCUGUUUAUAUCGAUAUAAAAACCCAUCAGUCCUCACAGCUGAUUUCUAUAAAGAUGGAUCCCUCCUCCAGAUGCAGACUACUGGAGAGAUGAUCAUCCCUACUGUCUCAAAGUCACAUGAGGGUUUCUACUACUGUAAACACACAGAGAGAGGAGAGUCACCCAAGAGCUGGAUCUCAGUCAGAGUCUCAAGAUCUGUGUCUCAUGGACUGAUAACUGGAGUGACUGUCGGACUGAGUGUCAUGCUUUUGAUUAUUCUCUUACUGGUCCUGCUGUGGUGCUACAAAAACAAAAAAGGUGGAGGAUCUCUGUCUCCUUCUUCUGUCAGUCAACAGCAGAACAUCAGUCAGACAUCAGAGCAGAACCAGAAUGAAAGUGUAUAUACAACACCGCUGCAGUGUGGCACUGGUCAUAUUUAUGAUUCUCUUCAUGCAACAGUUAAUACAGACACAAGUACAGGAGUCAAUGGGACAGAGACAGAUGAUGUCAUGUAUUCACAGAUCAACUGGAAGAAAAAGAAACUCAAGAUCAAAGACUCAAUAGCAGGGCCUACUGACCUAACCUAUGCUGAGAUUGAACUGAAAUGUAAGAAGGAAGUCAAGAAAAAGAAAGGAAAGAAAGGGAAUACCAAUGAUGCUACACCAAGUGCAGACACUGUGUACUCUAAACUGAACAUGGGAACGGAUCAAAUGGAUCAAGAAAUUCCCAAACCAACUCAGACUGUGAAGCCACAGAGUUCAGUGUUCACUGGAGACACAAUUACUCUGAACUGUGAGGUGGAUCAGUCAACAGAAUGGGAGUUUCUAUGGACAAAAGAUUCAGACUUUGAAUUAUUUGAAGCUUCAGGAACUAAAACAAUCAGUUCUGUGAAAGUCUCUGAUGGAGGACAGUAUAAGUGCAGAGCACGAAGAAGAGAAAACAUACAUGUUCUCACAGAUUACAGUGAACCAUUAACAGUGACAGAAGAGGAAAGACCAAAAGCCAAAGUGAUCGUACAGCCUCAUGAACGUGUGCUCGUUGGAGAGACAGUCACUCUCAGAUGUGACAUACAGGAGGGAGGAGACACAAGCUGGCAGUACAGCUGGUAUAAAGAUGAUUCAGUCAUUGAAUAUAAACUACAGGAAUACACAAUCAAUUCUGUUACUGAGUCUAAUGCAGGUAAAUACAGAUGUAAUAGAAAAGAGAUUGGAGGAUCACGAUACUCACACAGCAGUGAUGAAGUUACACUAAGAGUAUUGGGAUUGAAGCCAAAACCUGAACUCAAAUCAAAUCCUGAAGGAGCUGCACUGACAGGAAACACAGUGACUCUGAUCUGUCACAUGGAUCAGUCGACUGGAUGGCAGUUUUACUGGUACCAACACACACAGAAACAUCAGAAAAACACAACAGACAAAAACUCCUACACAGUGAACAUUGAUUCAGUGUCUGAUGGAGGUCAGUACUGGUGUAGAGCUGGAAGAGGAAAUCCAGUUUACUACACACACUACAGUGAUGCACUGUGGGUAAAUGUUACAGACCAACCUAAAACUAUUUUGACUGUAAAGCCUGAAAAUCAGCUGUUCAGUGGAGAAACUGUCACUCUCAGAUGUGACAUACAGGGUGGAGGAGACACUGAGUGGACAUACAGCUGGACUGUAGAGAAUACCAACUACAGGAAUAAAUACAUUGUCAGUGAAUACAAGAAGCAAGAGUAUAAAAUCAGCAGUGUUGAACACACACACAGUGGUAAAUACACCUGUAGAGGAAAGACAAGAGACGGACAAAACUCAGAGAUCAGUGAUGCUGUUACACUGACUGUGUCAUCAGAUAAAGCCCAAGCAGUGUUAAGUGUUUCUCCACAGAAUUGGCUGACUGAAGGAGACUCAGUGACUCUGAUCUGUGAGGUUUACGGCUCCUCUACAGGAUGGACUUUCAGCUGGUACAGAGAUGAUAAUGAGUUCAAUUAUAAACACCUGUCAGACAGCAGCAGAGGAGCUGGAGGAAACUACACUCUCAGUUCUGCUGCUGUAAAUCACACAGGAGUUUAUGCGUGCAGAGGAGAGAGAGGAGAACAAGUGUAUUACACAGAGGACAGCAACACACAGCCACUAUGGGUCACUGGUGUCUCUCCUUCAGUUUCUCUGAUCAUCAGUCCCAACAGAACUCAACAUUUCACAUCUGACUCUCUUUCUCUGAGCUGUGAGGAUCAGAGUAACUCUACUGGAUGGUCAGUGAGAAGAUACACAGACAGAUGGGGGCUGCAAGAUUGUUCAUCAUCAUACUGGGGAUCACAAACAGGAUCUACAUGUAGAAUCAGUCCCGUCUACACAUCACACACUGGAGUGUACUGGUGUUACUCUGAAUCUGGAGACAACAGUAAUCCUGUUAAUAUCACAGUACACAAUGGUGAUGUGAUUCUGGAGAGUCCUGUUCAUCCUGUGACUGAAGGAGAUUCUCUGACUCUACGCUGUUUAUAUCGAUAUAAAAACCCAUCAGUCCUCACAGCUGAUUUCUAUAAAGAUGGAUCCCUCCUCCAGAAGCAGACUACUGGAGAGAUGAUCAUCCCUACUGUCUCAAAGUCACAUGAGGGUUUCUACUACUGUAAACACACAGAGAGAGGAGAGUCACCCAAGAGCUGGAUCUCAGUCAGAGUCUCAAGAUCUGUGUCUCAUGGACUGAUAACUGGAGUGACUGUCGGACUGAGUGUCAUGCUUUUGAUUAUUCUCUUACUGGUCCUGCUGUGGUGCUACAAAAACAAAAAAGGUGGAGGAUCUCUGUCUCCUUCUUCUGUCAGUCAACAGCAGAACAUCAGUCAGACAUCAGAGCAGAACCAGAAUGAAAGUGUAUAUACAACACCGCUGCAGUGUGGCACUGGUCAUAUUUAUGAUUCUCUUCAUGCAACAGUUAAUACAGACACAAGUACAGGAGUCAGUGGGACAGAGACAGGUGAUGUCAUGUAUUCACAGAUCAACUGGAAGAAAAAGAAACUCAAGAUCAAAGACUCAAUAGCAGGGCCUACUGACCUAACCUAUGCUGAGAUUGAACUGAAAUGUAAGAAGGAAGUCAAGAAAAAGAAAGGAAAGAAAGGGAAUACCAAUGAUGCUACACCAAGUGCAGACACUGUGACUCAUUAUUUAUUAUGUAUUUAUUGCUAUAUUUUUAAAAGCUGCACUAUGUAACUUUGUGCUUUCUGGCUGUGUGUUGUCUUCUUGAGUAUCAAUGCGCCAUUUGUAAUAAUUGUGUACAAGUCCCUUAAACGUACAAUAUGUAAUAUUUACUGUACUAAAGCAUAAAAUUAUCAUAAUAUUUUAUCAGAGAUUUAGGAAACAUGCUAAGUUGAAAUACUGGCUUCUCCAAAAACAGUGCUACAGCCAGUGUAUUCUACUUUGAAAUGUCUGUUCCAGGCUGAAGUUUCUGUAUGUGUUUUGGCCUGUGUGAUCCCGCCCACUGCCCAUUUCCCAAUAGUAUUUCGAGCCCAGAUUUUAAACAAGUUAGUGGGUAACACAGCGUGCUGCAGCCAUGGAAGCCAGCAAUACAUCUAGCUAACACUGACAAGAGUUAUAAAAAAUCCACAUGUGCUGGUUUAUAAUUUGCAAACAAUAAAAACAUUGCAAAGGUAUACAUUAGCUGAUCAACUAACAAUGUAAGACUCGUCGCUUGCCAUUGUCAGUUUGCUUGUUCCUGUUGCGUGUCCUCAACCUGGCAACCCGCUUCAGCUUGGAGUCUGGGAAGGAGAGGGUGGGGGAGACGACUCUCUCCAAUAUUUUUAAUUUGGACUGCAGUACCCAUUUUAAACGCUUGAUGUCAAUGUUACAUAUUGCUCCUGUAAUAGCUGUUCAGCUGCAUCUAGGGCUAAGGAAGCAACACACCAUAUUGAGAACCACAGGGAUGUAAACUUUUUAAACAGAAUAAUUUGUGUGGGGAUAUUUGUAAAUAUCUUUUGUCAAAUUGUUUGGUCAGGGCAGCACUAAAUAAAUAAAAAAAUGCUUUUUGAUUCUUUAAGGGGGAUGCAAAUUUAUUCACUCAGCUGUAUGCAAAUAUUCUUCAGGGACAUGAACACCUGAAAACUUUUUGUAUAGCUCUUAGGGCAUGGUCGGUUGCCGAGCGCAGUUCCUGGGUCAGGACCACCCUCGUGCAGCUUUUUCAAUGCCUUGGCCUGGUGGACCUGCAGGAGGGCCAUGGCAUUCAGAGCGGAGGCGGACUGCCCCAUGGCACUGUAAGACUUAGCCGUCAGAGACGACAUAUUCUAACAGUCCUUGGAUGGGAGCCUAGGACGGUUCCACCAGGUGGCGGCGCUCUGUGGGCACAAGUGCACCGCAAUCGCCUGCUCUACCUGGGGAACGUCCAUUUAGAUGCUCCAAGCAGCUCUUAGUCUGUUUCGGGGGACAGCAGAAAGGGAACGCUGUCUCCAAACAGAGGAUUUCCCACUGGAUUGUGGACGCCAUCACGUUGGCAUACCAGGCCCAGGGUGCGCUGUCCCCUUUGGAACUAUGGGCACACUCUACCAGGAGCGUAGCCUCCUCCUGGGCCUUGGCCAACGGCGCCUCUCUGUAGAGCAGCGGGCUGGGCAACACCCAAUACCUUCGCAAGAUUUUAUAAUCUCCGGGUUGAGCCAGUUUUGUCCCGUGUGUUGGUAGGUACAAACAGGUAAGGAUGUGGGCAGCUGGCUGGGUUUACCGCUGGCACACAAGCGCCUUUCCCCUUCCCCAGGGGAAGACGUGCGCUCUUUCAGUUCCCAGGAUCGGUGAAGCAAAUUCAGCGAAGGAAUUCGACGCCAGGCCCAGUACUUGUUUCAGUAUACCCUGUUCAGGUCAGCCCCUGUACUGGGAUAGGUGCUCCAUAUGCGUUGGUUUCCUGUCAGUAACCCCAUAUGAUGUAAUCUUCGAUGGUAUGGUCUCCCUGAUGGUAGACCCCUGUCUCCCCAUCGGUCGCCUUGUUUGUAGAGCUCCGUCCCCACCGGGUAGGACCUACCACGGGGACUUCCUCCACAUGCGAUACUGCUGAUAAAGAAUCGGUAAGCCCAUGUGACAUAUUUCCACACAAUUACCUCCCCUUCAGGCAGGGUGUGGUCUCUGUUGUGUCUUUUUCCAAGGACACCUACCCCGAUGCGAAUAAGUUUGGCCCCAGCUGGAAUCAAGCAAGUUCUUUCUCCGGGAGAAGAAAGAAAAGGCCAAACCAGCUGGUGUGGCCUGUUCCCAUUGUGGGCACGUCUGACCCCCCCCCCCCCCCUUAUGCUUUCGGGGGGCGAGGGUCCAUACGACGUGCACGGGGCAUUGGGAAGGUUACGAUGGGGCCGGUGCACUUGUUACUUGGCACGCAGUGGCCUGCCUGCACCUGCACCGCCGAUCCAAGUAACACAGUUCAGCUGGUUGUGGCGUUUCGUAUAGGGACAGAUAGGGAACGUCUAGGUUACUGUUGUAACCCCCGUUCCCUGAUGGAGGGAACGAGACGUUUUGUCCCUCCUGCCACAACACUGAACUACCCGCUGUGAUUGCUGGGACUCUGGGACCUGAAUGAGUGGUUGCACACCAGCUCCUUUUAUACCCGUGUGUCCGGGGGAGUGGCAUGCAAAUUCCACUCUGCAAUUUUCAUUGGCCUUUUCUCAAACAUCAGAGGUGUUUGGGGCUCCCAAGAGUGACCCCUAGUGUCACUACAUCGACACAACGUCUUGUUCCCUCCAUUAGGGAACGGGGUUACAGCAGUAACCUAGACGUUUUCAGUGCACAGAUGUUAAGGCAAAGUUUAAUGUCUAUAUGUUGUGAAUAAAUACAAUGAGUAAGUAAAUGUGUUUUUUGUUCAAUAUAAUCACAUAUGCUGAUGUAGCCUAUGACAGUUUGAAUUCUGCAAAUAAUUAUAAAGAAAUUAUAAAAAGACAUCACUUUAGUAACACAUUUAAUCUCUUUCUCUAGCACUGUGUGUUGUUAUUAAACUCUGCUUUGGGCGAUAAUGUGGUAAAAAAAUUUGACAACAGAAUGUGUAGUUUCUGGCUGAACAUGGUAAGUAGGUUUCAAAAACUUCACUAGGAGAUGUGCUGAUGUGAUAAAAACUUAAAGCGACGGUUCUGCAACGUAGGGAAAUAGUUUUUACAAUGUAGUUCACUGGGAUGAUGUUGGUAAACUCUUUGCUUUCAGAAGAUAAAAGUAGGGAAAAAAACAUUUGGAUAACACAGAAGCACAUGAAGUCCCCAGCUGGAGGUGAUAAGUAGGCUCCUUGAAUAUGGGGUUAUUUUUGUUUCAUAUAAACAUACAAAUGGAAAGAGAUUUACUAAUAAAAAGUUGGUUCACAAAUAAAUUGAAUGAGAUCCACAAAUAUAUGUUAGGCGCUUCACAAAAAUAAAGUGAAUUCACAAAUAAAUAAAAUGAGAUUUGCAAAUAAAAAAAUUAAAAAAAACUAUUUACAUUUUUUUAACUCACAAACGCAAUACUGCCUAGCAUUCAUUUGUGAAUCAUGCACAUUUAUAUAUGGAUUGCUUCGUGUGCAUUUGUGGAUGAAGCACAUAUUUGUAUAUUCUGAAACAUUUCUAGCUGCAAGACGUUCACACAAAUCCACAAAUAGGUGGACUCCACCCACUGUCUACUCAAGCCAAUCAGAUAAAGUCUAUAUUACUCUUACCUAGCACGUUCUAGCUUAAACCAAUCGCAUUUUGUUUUAGAAUCAGGGUGGGAUCAUGCUCUUUUCAAUAUGGUCUCUUGACAAUUAAAGAACUUCAAAACAUUAAAAGAAGCAGAAGCACUCAGUGGAAUAAAUCACACUGCGACUUAAGGUUGGUAUAAUUGUCUCUCAUUUCUAAACAUGUUAAAUGUUGAAAGUUGCAAACAGCUAAUUUUUAUUGUGAAAGUCCUGAUAAUUAGCUUUCUAGCUAGGUGCGUUGUUUGGUGUUCCAGGGAUCAGUUAUCAGAGUCUGCUAUUUUAAUAUUAACUAAGUUUCUAGACUGAAACUCCUGGCUACAUGAUGGGAAAUAUAUGUUUGUGUCAUCAAAACCUUGAUUCUUACACAUUAUUUAUGUUAAUGUAUUUAAUAAAGCACAUUUUGUUCAGUAUGGUAAUAUUUAUUUAAGGCAUUAUAUUUUGUAUUUUUAGCACUUUUAUGUGUUAUGGCAGACCAAUCAAAUGUUACUCACAAGGAAUACUUAUGUUAACUCUGUAAACAAUGUGUAUUCCACUUAUUU